GAGGCCCGGAGCGGCGGGCGAAGAUGCCUCGGGACAACAUGGCCUCUCUGAUCCAGCGGAUCGCCCGGCAGGCGCGGCUCACCUUCCGGGGCGGGGGCUCGGCGGCCAAGGGCUUCCCGGAGAACCUGAACCAGCUGAAGCACCUCCUGAACCAGGUCCGCCCCGAGGACCUGAACAUCGCCCCGCGCAAGGCCCUGCCGCCGCCGCCCCAGCCCCAGCCCCACCUCCCGCCCGUCACCUACAUGCACAUCUGCGAGACGGACGGCUUCAGCCUGGGCGUCUUCCUGCUGAAGAGCGGCACGUCCAUCCCCCUGCACGACCACCCGGGCAUGCACGGCAUGCUCAAGGUGCUCUACGGGAAGGUGCGCAUCAGCUGCCUGGACAAGCUGGACGCCGGCGGGGAGGCGCCCGGGCCGGGGCCGCCGCCGCCGCCGCCGCCCCCGGCGGGCUCCCCGCGGGACGCGCUGCGCCGGGCCGUGCUGCGCUCCCGGGCCGAGUACACCGAGGCCAGCGGCCCCUGCGUGCUGUCGCCCCACCGGGACAACCUGCACCAGAUCGACGCGGUGGACGGGCCCGCCGCCUUCCUGGACAUCCUGGCCCCGCCGUACGACCCGGACGACGGCCGGGACUGUCACUAUUACCGGCUGCUGGAGGCCGCCGGCGACAAGGAGGCCGGGGCCGCCAACGCCAACAACACCGCCGUGCCCCGGGAGGUGUGGCUGCUGGAGACCCCGCAGGCCGCCGACUUCUGGUGCGAGGGGGAGCCCUACCCCGGGCCCAGAGUCUCCCCGUGAAACCCACCCUCCUCCUCCUCCUCCUCCUUCCCAUCCCCGCUCCCAGCUGGGAUCCGGGGGAGGGACCCAGCACCGGGAGGAGGAGGAAGGAAGGGGGGAGUGGCCACCCUUCUUCCAUCCCAGAGCCGUAGUGACGACUAUUCGCCCCCUCCCUCGUUUCUCCCCCGACCUCCACCCCGUCUGGAGUGGAAACUACACCACAGUACCGGCCCUGUUCAGUCGCCACCCCCGUUUCCCUUCGCGCAACCACCAUCGCCACCCCCCGUCUUGGUUAGUGUUAAUUUAUUGGCAGAAUGUUUGCAUGCCCCCCCUCUUCUCUAAGCAAAUCGGGGCCACGCCGUAGGGCCCAACGGCGCGAACAACGCUUGUGCUUAACGGAAAGUUGGGCCCAAAGGCGAACGGACACCCGUGGAGAGGGGCGGAUAAAGCGGCAUCUUCAGCAGGCCCCCGGCGGACAGGAUUUCCCUGAGGAUUUGGCGGGAUUCCAACCGGCCACAUGCGCUGACUUUUUUAUUUUUCCUUUUACCCUGCCGCCGGCCAGAGAGAGCGGCACGAGUGAGCAGGAGCGAUGGGAGAUGCUACCUGCUGCCUUUAUGUCUUUGUUCUCCUGCCGACCGAACGGGGCUACCGAUUCGAAGCGGCCCAUCCUCCCCUGUCUCUCUAGUUUCCUCCCUUUUUGAAAAAUAUUUUGGAAAAGAAAUAGGUCGGUGUUUCUGCAUUUGUUUUCCUCACCUGGCGUGGAAGAGCUAGCGGCGUUAUUUGUGCUUCCGGGCAGUUGAAUGUAAAACCGACCCACCCUGCUGGUUAACUUCCUAGCCCCACUUAUUUCAGAAGUUUUUUCUGCCAAAGGUGAGGAGACAAAUAGCUUAGACGAUGUUUCUUCUCCCCCUCCCUACCCCAAGUGUUGUAAUGAAGUAAGUUAAUGGCCCAUGGGCUGGUCUUUCUAGCUGUUUUGCUGCUGAUUGUAUCAUCACAGAAACCUCAGAACUAAAAAGGCGGAGAAAGGGGGAGUGCCCAGUUCCUUUGUCCUGGGUGACUGUCCUUUUUCCUCGAGGGAAUCCUACAAAUAGAGAGGCUGAGAGAACUGAGAAGAGACGACACUAUAAGCCACUUAGGGCACUAACAGUCUUGGACCGACCAGCCUUUUCAGAAAUAGCAGAAACACUGGCUUGCAUUCGUUUGUUUUAAAAUGGGGUUUUAAAAUAGAGGUUCCUUCACUUUGGAAAGCGGGGGGUUGGGGGGGGUGUGAAGACAUGAGACCGUUUUACUUCAGGCUGAUGGAAAACUAAUGUGUCCCUCUUUAUACUAUUUAUAAGAUUCCCUUUUCAUAAGACUUUUCAUAAAAAUGAGCUGUAGAAAUAAAUGCAUUAAAACCUGCACAGCUGUUGAGUGAGCAGUCCCGGUUGACAGGCCCACGUGGUGAUUUGAGUUGCUGCCCGUCUAAUAAGGGGGAAGUACUCUUCUGUUGGAAGGUUUUUUUGUAACCUUCAGGGAAAAUAUGUGCCUACACAUUCUAUGCACUCUUGGUACCAGAGGGCCAGGUUUAGGAAGCCUUGGUGUGUCCCCUCCUCCCCCCACCCCUCCGAUUUGGAAACAGUAGCUUGAGUGAGCAAAUUCUGAGGAGUGAUUAAAAAAACACCACCUGCUGAACAAGUGGCUCACCAGCCUGUCAUGGUACUCAUGGACACAUGCCCGUGUGUCUUCACAUCCGUGCUUAUUAAAACAUUUCAUAUUCCGUGAGGGCUCCUCGUAUCUUUAUACUGUAGUAUUAAAACAACUCUGAAAGUAGUGUUAAUACAGCUCACAGAGAUUGAAUGUUAAGUCUAUUAAGUAUGGUAAAUAUGCAAUUCAUAAUUUACUAUUAAAGUGGUAAUGUAAAUGAAUCGUGUACAUUCAUUUGGUAUUUGUUUCAGUAGUACAGCAACUGGCCCUGGUAUGGUUCUCAAAAGCAUGCCAUCGUUCCUGGGAGUCGAUGCUGAGUAGUAAUCAAAACACAUACAGAACGCUAUCUGUUGUGUUUAUAUAGAAGUCAGCUAGCAUUUGUAUAAAGCUUUGCUGUAAUAUCACUUUGGUUCUUUAGGUUUGCCUACACCUACUCAUUCUUUAGUAGGACUAAUUGAAGGUCCUAUCGGGACGUGGGGAAGGAAAUGCCCCAGAAAGAGGUGGGUAUAGGAAGCCAGUAUCAAUCAACGAACGAAUGGUAUUGAGCGCUUACUGUGUGCAGAGCGCUGUAAUAAGUGCUCGGGAGAGCACUAUGUAAUGUAAUAUCCCUGCCCAUGAUGAGUUUACAGUCGAGAGGACUAGCUCACAGUGGGGAGGGAAGACGGCCGGAGCCAGACACACUCCUCCUUUCCCUGGAAUUGCCUCUUCCCUGGUCAUUGUGUGGCCCUGAUGUUGAUUGGCCAGAAAAUCCUGACAUGCACAGAACCUUCUGAUGAUCGACUAAUCUGUCACCUUUUUGCAGGAAUAUAAUAAAGAGCGCAAUUUCUACGAGUUUUGAAAAAAAACAUAAUGCCUUUCAAAAAUACGAGAUGGAUGUGGCCAUACCUAUCCUGCUUUCCUUAAAAAAAAGUAACAGUUUUAGAAAGUUGAUAACUUCUUUUGAUGCACUGCUCAGAACUCUAAGGGAAGUUGGCAUGUUGAAAUAAAAACAGGAAUCAGGUAAACUAAAGAAAACCUUUCUAACUGAUGAAGCAGAGUGCAAGAAAUGUGUAAAUUAUAGCAUUUACAGUAAAUAAGCACCUUUGUGUGCUUAUUGGGUGGUCAAAACUGACUUUGAAGGCUACUAGUGUUUGUGUUCCUGUGUUCAGUUCCCACUUCAAUAUAGGUCUGUGUUUUCAUAACAAAACCACUGUUAAUGUUGGACUUUGGAAUACAUACAGGAUAUCGUGCCCUAGGAUUAUGAUUAUUUUCCCUCAAGUAAACACUUAUGAGCACAAUAGGUUGAGAUGAAUCAUUAAAGACUUUCUGUGGUGUGGCAGGAAUACAGUAAUUGCUUUUUAUGGCGGAGAAGUAUAUAUUUAUAAAUGUCAGACCUUCCCUUUUUUUUAUAUAGUAUCCAAGCUCUUUGAAUGAACAUCUUUUGCAUGGAUGUUACUAUCAGUGGAGGUGGGCAGUGGCAUAUACCUGCAGUUGUAUGAGAAUAACUUUUAUUAUAAAUAAUAACGCAUGGUUUGCAUGAGGUACUGUCUUAUUAACAAAUUGUUUUCCCAAGUGAAUCUUCAGGGGUUCUGUUGGCUGUCUUUUCAGAGCCCACAUUUUGUAACUUACGUUACCUUGAGCCUCUUCCCCCUUUCUUUCUUUCCUCCCCAGGUGACUAAAAGCCUCUGUCUUGCUUUUGGCCCCUUUGGAGGAAUCCUGUCAUUUUGACUCAUUCAAAACUUUUUCUGGAUGUUUGCACUCGACCCACUGCCAGGGCAGAAGCCGUGUAAGUUGCAAUACUGUAGCCUAAGCUGCUCAACAGCAGCCUUCCCAGGGAUCUGCUACUCCACGUCAGCAAAUAUGUAUGAGGUGGAACUUUGCACCAUUUAAAGAAGUGGAUCACUGACUUCUAGUGUAAUGAAACGAAAGUGAUCGUACACAAGGAAGCUGGUUUUCCUGUACAGUGAAUUCCACAGUGGUGGGACUUCUGAGGGCAGACUACUGUUUGAGUUCUCAGGAUGAAAUCUGUCAUUAAACAUUCAAUAUGUCUUGGAAAUAAAACUUAAGUAUUUGGAA